AAUCGAAUGCUAUAACAAACACGUACAUAUAAUCGGGCGCAUCAAUCUCAGCAAAAGAAUCACGCGAAUACGAAAAUGACGACAGCUCAUCGACCCACGUUUGAUCCUGCUCGCGGUAAAGAGGCGCAACGCGGACCUGCAUACCACCAACGUCUCCUACCAGCACAUACUGUGUUGAAGCACCGACAGCCUGGACAGGGUGGUGAUGCGGACACAGUCAAGCGCGACCUCCGCGCUGAGCUUCUCGAAGCUGAAGCCCGCCAUUUUGCGAAGAAGAACGGCACCUACGUACCAGAGGAAGACUCGGCGACAGAUGCAACCUCGACAGCGAAAAGGCCCCUAGAGGCAGUUUCACAGGACGAUGGAGAGGAGGGGGAUGAAGCGGAACAAAAGAGACGGCGAAUAGAAAUGUUGGAGAAAUACCGAGACGUCGAUGCAGACGAUAGUAGCGACAGCAGCGAGAGUAGUGACGAUGAGGAUGAUGAGGAUGACGAAGACGAAACGGCGGCAUUGAUGCGGGAAUUGGAGAAGAUCAAGAAGGAGCGCGCGGAAGCAAAGGCUAAAGAGGAUGCACUUCUAGCCGCAGAAGAAGAAGAGCAACGAGAAUUCGACAUAGCGCGUGGUAAUCCACUACUCAAUCCUCGAGAUUUCACCAUGAAGCGUCGCUGGGAUGAUGACGUGGUAUUCAAGAACCAAGCGCGUGGCACCGAGGACAAGAAUAAGAAGAAAGAAUUUAUCAACGAUAUGCUGCGAUCUGAUUUCCAUAAGAAAUUUAUGUCAAAAUAUGUCCGAUGAAGUCAAUGGCACCCAAGGAUUUUCAAGCAUUUGCUUUUGGCGUAAGCGGAAUUAGGUUGGCGUUCUGGGCAAAACAUAUCGUUCUCAAGCAUUUCUGUGCAUAGCGUGGGAUACCCUGGAUCUCCGAGCUUGGUGAAGCCCAGUGACGCAUGUGCGUCUUAUCUCGAUCAGCACCCUAUUACCCGAUUUGGCCAUGCGCCAGUUCCUCAACCACAACUCGGUUUUCAGAUGAAAUCGGUCGGCAUUCUAGAUAACAAGCUCCUGGUUAAGAGACCGAGUUAUUCUAUUAAAAUAAUAGAUCAAUCAACAAGUAACUGAUCACUUUCAUUGUGUCAAGAAUGGUCUAGCCCUUGCGUAGAUUAGUCUCAAUACAAAGCAAC